GUGAAAAUAUGUUGGUGUUCCAGGGUGAAUAGCUAAAUUGUGCCCUGACUGUGUGAGUACCACUGUUUCUUUGACAGGUGGGAAACAGCCAACUGGACUGAUCACAAAAGCCUGGACGAGUUUUUAUUCCAAAACAUCAUGGUGCUGGACCUCUUCAAGUUUUCCUCAUUACUACAACUGAAAUUCGUUCUGCAAUACCUACGGAAGAUAUCCGUCAUAAACUGCAAGGUGUAUGUGAUGCCCUGCCAAACGUCCCAGCUGCUGGUGAACCUGCAGUACUUGGACCUGUCCAGCAACCUGCUGACUGACCUGACUCUAGCAGAAACGCUCUGUGACAAGAGCUCAACUCUGGAGGAUCUCAGAGUUUUAAACAUCAGCAAAAAUCCUCUGAGGUCUUUGUCCAAGAUGAACCGACUGGUAGCAAAGCUCACCAAACUGACCCACCUGGACAUCAGUGGAACUGGAUAUAGCUCCAUGCCUUCAAACUGCUCCUGGCCCUCCUCCCUGAGAUACCUGAACAUCUCUGGGGCUAAACUUACCAACACCAGUCACUGUUUGCACACAAACCUGGAGGUGUUGGAUCUGAGCUUUAAUGACCUCAAAAGCUUCAGCAUGGACCUGCCGGUACUGAGAGAGCUCCACCUCUCUGGGAACAAGCUCCUGAGGUUACCAUCUGGGCAGCACUUCCCCAGCCUACAGACUCUCUCCAUACAAUCCAACACCCUGAACUGGUUCAGUUACUCAGACCUCCAGUCAUUCAGGCGGCUUGAAGACCUCCGAGCAGGUCAGAACAAGUUAAUCUGCUCCUGUGACUUUGUCCCCUUCCUUCAAUCCCAAUUGAGAGGAGAGGCAGGCAUACAGCUAAGCGACAGGGAGGACAGCUACGUCUGUGACUCCCCUCUCUACCUGCAGGGGGCGGUAGUGAGUGGAGUCCGCCUCUCUGUCGUUGAGUGCCACCAGGUUGUAUUUGUCUCUGUGAGCUGUGGGCUUGCUCUGUUUGUCGGGAUGCUGGGGUCCGCUCUGCUUUGGCGCCUCCAUGCCUUCUGGUACCUAAAGAUGAUCUGGACUUGGCUCAAGGCCAAGAGGAGCUCUCAGAAACGCCAGCGUCAGAAAGACACCGAGGACACAGAAGCGCUGCUGUGCUUCGACGCUUUUGUUUCCUACAGUGAACGAGAUGCUGGCUGGGUGGAAAACUACAUGGUGCCCGAGCUGGAGGAGCCAAGCAAAGAAGACUCUGGCAUUCCCGGAUCCUCCCACUCGCUGACCCUGUGUCUCCACAAACGGGACUUCCUUCCUGGACGCUGGAUUAUGGACAACAUCAUGAGCGCCAUCGAGCGCAGCCGACGGACCAUCUUCGUUCUCUCUGAGAACUUUGUCCAGUCCGACUGGUGCCGCUACGAGCUGGACUUCUCCCACUUUUGGCUCUUCGACGCCGGUGGAGACGCCGCCAUCUUGAUCCUGCUGGAGCCACUGUCCAAGGACGACGUUCCCAAACGCUUCUGCAAACUUCGUAAACUCAUGAGCUCCACCACCUACCUUGAGUGGCCUCAGGAGGAGGAGAGGAGGCCGGAGUUCUGGAGGAGUCUGCGCGAGGCUCUGAGAGGAGAAAACGAGUGAAAAUAAAAAAGGAAACCUGUCAAAAGUCAGAAUAUCGAUUACAGAAAAUACGAUUUUAAAAGGCUGUUUAGCUCAAAGUGGGGCUAAAACCUGAACUAUUGCAGAAUCAGAUUCUUAUUUUUUUUCAGUUAUCAAAGGAACUUUUAUCUGAAAAUUGUAUUGUUUUUAUAUAUUUUUAUACUUAUUUUAGAGUUUUUAUUUCUUCCAUCUGUAUUUACUUUUCACAAAACCGUCUUUCAAAUUUUUCCUCUUUCAUUUCUUUAUUAAUAAUAACAAUAAUAAUA